CGGAAGAAAGGGAGGAGACCCAUGGCGACCGUUCGCGCUCUGCCCCUCGCCCUCCUGCUCGCGCUCUGCUUCGGCGCAUGCGCCUGCGAGGCCGCCGCGAGGAUGCCCAAGAGCAGGUACAUUUCGUACGCCCGCGUCAUCACUCAUCAGUGGCGCCGUGGCGGGAACGGCGCCGGCCACGGCCGGACCCCUCCGGGUUGUUCGUCCUUCACGGGGAAGUGUCCCAACAGUUGCCGGGCUCCAACGGAGGCCGGCGCCACGACGGCGGCCGCGGGAUCGAAGGGUGUUUACAUGAUGAACCAUGCUGCUUUGCCGAGCGAUGACAAGCAUCGUCCGGCUCCGACGAAGGCUGGAGCCAAGACGGGAGCCGCCGGGUCCAAGGGUCGUUACAUAAGCCCUGCUGCGAUGUCCGCGGAAAAGCCGUGCGACCGUCUUGGGUGUCCCUCUCGCCCGUAAUAACUGGGGAGGCUAGCUCUCAAGCGUAAGAAUAAACAUAGGGGGUGUUUGGAUACCAUA